GCCAAUAAGGUGGCAGUAAAGACCCGCGCGGCCACCUGGCCCCGCCCCUCCCGGUUAGAGCGUAGUUCUGCUCCGGCCAUUGGCCCGCGCGACCUGUCAAUCACCGCAGUGGCCAGCCCGAAGGGACCUCGCGGUGGAUGGCCCCGCCCAGGCGCGAAAUGUAACGCGGGAAAAGCGGGGCAGGCACCGCGGCAGCAGGUUGUUAUUUUCGGGGCUCGGCACCGCAGCUUGCGUUGGAAAGUAAAGUGAGCGGAAACUGAGGGCGAGCCGGCAGGGAAAAGGGUGCCCGCCAUGAGCGGGCAGGACUGAGCCGGCUCUGGGAGCAGCGCGGACGGGCGGGUGCUGGGUUGGGGGCCGUGGACGGCCGGCGAUGAUCCGGGGCGCGGGCGCGCCCAUGGCGGACGCCCCGCCGCUGUCCGGGGUCUUCCGCCAGGACUCCCCGAAGCGGGUGCUGGUAUCGGUCAUCAGGACCACCCCGGCCACGCCUCCGUGCGGAGGUGGCGCGGGGGAGCCGGAGCCGCCGCCGCCGCUCGCACCCACCAGCCCGGGCUUCAGCGACUUUAUGGUGUAUCCGUGGCGCUGGGGCGAGAAUGCGCACAACGUGACGCUCAGCCCCGGGGCCGCGGGCGCCGCCUCGGCCGUCCCGCCUGCAGCCGUCGUUGCCGCCGCGCACCAGGGGCUGCGGGGUGCACCCCAGCCCGCUGCCGCGGGGGGCGAGGACGAGGAGGAGGCGAGCAGCCCUGACGGCGGCCCCCUCAAGGACGGGAUCCGCCGAGGCCGCCCCCGAGCCGACACCGUGCGGGACCUGAUCAGCGAGGGCGAGCACUCCUCCAGCAGGAUCCGCUGCAACAUCUGCAACCGUGUGUUUCCUCGGGAGAAGUCGCUGCAGGCUCACAAGAGGACCCACACAGGUGAGCGGCCCUACCUGUGUGACUAUCCCGACUGUGGGAAAGCCUUUGUCCAGAGCGGGCAGCUCAAAACGCACCAGCGGCUGCACACCGGAGAGAAGCCUUUCGUUUGUUCCGAAAAUGGCUGCCUGAGCAGAUUCACACAUGCCAACCGCCACUGUCCCAAGCAUCCUUAUGCCAGGCUGAGGCGAGAGGAGCCCACGGAUGCACUCAGCAAGCGCCAGGCCGCGGACAACAAGGCUGCCGCCGAGUGGCUGGCAAAGUACUGGGAGAUGCGCGAGCAGCGCGCCCCGAGCCUGAAGGGCAAGCUGGCGCCCAAGGCGGACCAGGAGCAGCGCGACCCGCUCGAGUGCCUACAGUCGGACGGCGAGGACGACGAGAAGAGCGUCGCCCAGCAGCGGCUGCAGGAGCAGCGCGAGCGGCUGCACGGGGCGCUGGCGCUCAUUGAGCUGGCCAACCUGGCCGGCGCACCGCUGCGCCCCUAGCCGCCGCCACCCAGAAGCUCAGCACCUUACUUGCUUAUCCUAGGCUGCUAUUCUGUAGAAUUUAUGAAGAAUGUCAUCACCCCAGAAGCUGGGGUGAGAGAGAAUUGCACUUUUUUAUAUGGAAAUAGAUUACAUGUAAAGUUUAAAAUUAUUUUGUAAAUACAGACUGUAUCAUACAGGGUGGAAAACUACAUAUUGUGGGAAGCUAGAUUUUGCAAGUUUAAUGCACUCAUUGGAAGCAGUUCUCACAGGAAGCACUUUCUGAAUAAGACGCUUGAGUGAAAGAGCAGAAAAUGGUACAGAGAGCCAAAGAAGGUUGAAAUGGAUUAUUUAUGAGAUCAUUUUUAACAAUGUAUAUUAGUAUGUUUUAACAAUACUGUAAACACUGAGGCAGGCAAGGAACUAUAGUUUUUAAGAUAUAUAUUUUUAAAUUGCCCAAUAAGGCUAGAGAAAUGGGAAGCUAUUUGGGAAGAUGUUCCAAGUUAAGGUCUUGGAAGAAAAUCGGUAUUUGUGGAUCUUGGUAAGAUACACAAUAGUUCAGAAGUUUGAAAAUUGGAGUAAAGUCAGUCUUAUUCUACCCCACUAUAAUGUUUUAAGUUUGAAAAGCACUUGCCACCCCUCACAUGUUAAUGGGAACUUUUGCACAUUUCACAUUUCUCAUUUGCUGAAAAUUGAGUGAUUAAUCUUGCAAAGUCUAGGUAACUUGGGAACUGGUGUUUUUUUUUUUUAUGUAUAUGAUGGGCCCUGUAAUGAGAUUUGGCACUUGGAUUUUUAUUAAUAAAAGGGACAUCUACAGGGUUGUUUUGUAGUGAAAUGUUUUAGCUCUUCUGUUAGCAAACACUAAAUUUUAAUUGUACUGCUUAUUUAGAAUUAUUAGCAAAUGGAAGCCUCCAUAUUUAUAUUUCCAGUGCAUAAAGCCACCUUCUGCUUUACUUCAGAAUAACAUGCCGAGCUAUUUUGCGUUCACUAAAUCUAGCUAUCAGUUAAACACUGCAGAAAACAAUAGCUACUCAAAUAGGUAGAUUUUUGGAAUAGUUUAAACUGCAAGUGUAUUAACUCGUGUGGUGGUUCAAAACCAUUUUUUCCCCAAAUAGAUGAAGCUGAUAAACACCACUUUAUAUACUGAAGCAGGACCGAAAUGUCCAAAACGGAGCAGGCCGCCUCCUUUUGAUUAAGCAAAAACCUCUAUCAUGUGAGCUUUCGUUGUAGACGGAAUGAAAUGAAACGGCAUGCAUAGCAUGGUAAUUUAUAGACUGCUUAGCUGGAGUAGACCUCCACAAUCUAGAGGGAAAGACAGGCUCGGCAGCUCCUUUCUUCCUUUGAGUUGCAGUGGGACCCUCCAAGUGUGGCUUAUCUUCCCUGAAAUGUAGGCUUCAUAUCCCAAAGUCCUGAAGAGUGGCAGUACACAGGUAGUUUCACAUGCGGGCGUGGGGAGGGCGCCAUGUAGAUGUUCUGAAGAGGAGCAUAAAGAGUGAAGGAAGACAUGGCAGUUACAAAUGAUGUGUAUGAUGAGGACAUACUUUAAAAUAUAAUUCCUCUGUACAGUAAGUGGCAGAUCUUUAGGGAAUUUUUGUAAUAAGAGAAUUUAUAUUUGUAAUGGUCUAAGAGUUCUGUUUGUAAUUUGGUAUAUAGACUUUUAACUUGGAGCACUUAUAAGCGUGGUAACAGACCAUAGCAUCUGAAUUUUCCUGGUUUAGGUUGCAACAUUGACUCAAAUUUUGCUUCUCAACCAUAAUUUAUAUGAAUUGAAAAGCAACAUGUGGUCAGUCUUGGGAAAUGUCAAAUCUGAUAAACUCACCUAAAGAAGGAAGGGCAAUAAAAGUACAAGUAUUUGUCAGUUCACAGAUAAUAAAAAAAGUCUAAGGCCUUUAAAAAACAAGGAUUUUUGAUUGUUUUUUCAACGAGCUUUUGUAAACCAUAAUAGUUAUAAUCACAAAUAUUUUUAUUUGUAUAAUUGGAACAGUUUAAGAAAUUAUUACAAUUCUUUAGAAACAUUUUAAAAGUUCUCUUUUGAUAUAAGCUAUAUACUUGGACAAAAUAUAUUGGUGUCUAAAAUUUGAGGUGUGUUAAGACUGCUUUUUGUUUUAAAAAUGUGGUUUACAUUCAAAUUUUUGAAGUGUUUUAUGCUUCAUACAGCUAAGUUGUAGUUUGGCAGAGUUAACAGCAUAGAAUAAACAUGCUGUAAUUUUAAAAGAUGCUUUGAAUAAAAAUUUAUUUUAAUUUAAAGUUUAAAA